GAAGCACCACGAGUCAUGCGCACUGGAGCCUGAGCUAGUAUGGUGUGAAGGUUACCAAAGAGAUUGUAGUUUCUACAUUACUUAAACUAAAUGGAGGUACAUUUGUCGUUUUAGAAGGGUUGAAUACAGUUUAGUAGCGGACAUAAACCAUCCCUCGGUGACUACAGACUCAGCCAUGGCCGGUCUUUCCAAUUACGCUGUCCGCAUGGCCAGACUGAGUGCGCAGAUCUUCAGCGGGGUUGUGCGGCCAACAGACUCCAAGUCAUUGAAGGUGGUCCAGCUAUUCCAGGAACCUCCCAUGGCCAAGAGAAAGGAGGUGUAUGACUGGUACCCAAAACAUAAGAUCUACUACGCCAUGACCCAGAAACUCCGGUUUAUGGGACUGUUCAGAGAUGAGCAUGAAGACUUCAAAGACGAAAUGCGUCGCCUGAGGAAACUAAGAGGGAAAGGGAAACCGAGGAAAGGGGAGGGAAAGAGAGCGACCAAGAAGAAAUGAGCAUCUGCAUCUUUGUACAGGACUUUUAGUUUUUUUGUCUGGAGACGCCAGGACACCAGCAGACUGCAUACACCAUCCUGCCCUGUUGCUUUGUCUAAACCUUUACUUUUCAUGAAUACUUUAUUCUUAAACAUGCAUCAGAGCUGGGCGAUGUGGUCCAAGCCUUUGUCACAAUACAAAUGUCCAUAUCAUUGAUAAUUAUACACAAUUAUCACGAUAAAUAACAGAUUUGUGAUCCCAAGUAAAAGGAAAAAAAACUGUUAGUUGUGGUUUUCGGAAAGAAAAAGACAAAACAUGUGUGUGUUACAUGUCAGUGUGUUUGCACAGUCUAUAACCAUUAUCUCAAUUGAAUAUUGCAUUUUCCUAUAUUGUCAUUGAUGAUGGUAGAUGCAGUGAAAACAUGCUGAUCACCAGUUGACAGUACAAUAAGCCCAUAUUGAUUAUUUUCCAAGGCUCGUGGAGGACAUGGUAUUUUACUGCAGGCAGGUAUCGUACUAGACCGUUAUUAGCUGGUGCUAGUUUGACUGUCAAAGGAAUGGAUGGCAAAUUAUGUAAAGAGGUUUUCAGAAUAAAAUCACAGUGAGAAAUAUUGUUAUGAAGCUCUUUCAGACUCCUGUUCAAUAAAUUAACAAUUUUGUGUAAUAUGUAACGAUA